UUAGUGGCCGAUGCAAUUACAAAUACAAUACUUUUUCGUUCAAAAGUUGAAUCAACAUUCUAAGUCUCAGAGAGAGAGAGAGAGAGAGAGAGAGAUGGCAAAAGGAACUCUGGAGGUUUUGUUGGUUGAUGCCUAUGGGUUAAAAGACAGGGAAAGUGUUCUUGGUUGCUUCAAUUGUAUUAAUCCAUGUAAUACAAUUAAGAUGCGUCCAUAUGUUGUGAUUCAAUAUGAAAACCAAGAAUCUACCAGUUGCGUUGCAGAUCAAGGUGAAGGAAGGAAACUAGUAUGGAAUGAGAAAAUGACAUUUAACGUAGAGUAUCCAGUUCCAGGUGUUCAUGAAGAUCAAACAUAUAAGCUUAUUCUUCGUAUCAUGGACAGGCACAAGCUCUCAGAUGACAACUUGGUUGGCGAAACAACGAUAUACAUAAAGGAUGUUCUAUCAUUUGGAGUAGAGAAGGGAAAGGCCGAACUUCGACCUCAAAAAUAUAGAGUUGUCCUCCCCGAUAAAACCUACUCUGGCGAGAUAUCUGUUGCUGUUACUUUUACUCUCAAUAAAUAAAUAUAACAAUGUCAAAAAUACCAUCGAAACAUAUCAUAUAUGGGUAUAAAUCGUUGGAUUAACUAGUCUCACAUGUACACUCACAUAGUAUAACUUGGUGGUAUGGAUAAUAAUACACAUAUGCACUCGUUUCUUGUGCACCAGAUUUACUUUACCAUGCAUUAAAAUAGGCGAUGAAAUUUUAAAUUUUCA